AUUCGCUGAGACUAAACUUGUAUUAAUAAAGCAUCAUUCAGUGCUAGCUGUAUUAGCCUACACUUUUUUGCGAAGGUACAGUCUACGUAAUAGAGCCCACCAGCCCGUUGGCUCCCCUGUCUGCAGUCGUGCAUGUGAACUGCAUCAGACAGCAAGUCUGCAGAACAAGUCGCAGCAUCAGUGUGCUGCAGUGAAAUCCAGCUCCUGAACACACCCUGCUGCAGCAGAGCACCUACACAACACCGACAGCACACCCGGCUGUAGGCGACACCGUGACCGAGCAGAUCCAAAGAGACGGCUAGCUGCUAGAACACAGCGGAGCAGCAGGAUGGCUCUUAAUGACAAAGACCCGGUGGUUGCAGUGGGCACACUCUCCCCAGGCCAACUGCAGUCCCACCUCAAGAUGGAGCCCAAGACUCUGGGGGCCAUCCAGAUCGUUAUCGGGGCUUUGAUUCUCUGUCUGAGUGCCUCUGUGCUCCAGAUCCAUGAGGUCCACUUUACGGGAGAUGUGGCCCUCUUCCUGAUUGUUGUCAUACAGGUGACUUUGUCUGGGUCAGUGUUGGUCCACAGUGGAAGGAAACCUACUCUUUUUUGGGUUAAAUGUGUCCUGGUUCUGCACCUCAUCAGUGCUGCAUUUGCCACUGCUGCCCUGGGUCUGAUGUCCAAACACCUGCCCUACCGCCAGGACUCUUACCACUGUGAACACUGCCGCAGACUGGAGCUACAUGCUGUGCAACAUUGUUUCAGGAAAUGCACCGGGCUGAUCGAGCAAAAGUGUAAACUGUUGAUUGACGGGAUCCUGGGGACGCUGGUGAUCUUUCUGGUGCUGGAGCUGUUGAUCUGCAUCACUGCCAUGCUGUUUGGACUCAGUGUCCUAGCUGCAGGUGGAACCCAGGCUUCCAGCCAGAGACCUGUCUAUCCACAAACGCGCCCCCCACCUGUUCCAGCCGUGCAGCAGGCUGCUCCAGCUGUAGCUGAGCCUUCUCAGGUGGCUGUAGUUGUGACUGAACCAGAUUCAGAGCAGGUGGAGGACAUCUCUACCCCACCUACUGAACCCCAGGUGGAGCCAAUAGAAGCUGUGACCACAGAGCCAUGAACUCAACACACACUGCUUCCUGUAGUGUAAUGUCAUGUCAGUCAGAGUGUAAAAACUGAAAAACUAUUCCUCCAACAAGUUAUCAAAGGUAGUCAUCCUGUCCUUUCACUUCUGGCAUACAUGAACACAGGGUUAGGAUUAGCACUGCAAUACAUACAGUGUGUUGGGGUUAUGAUAUGGAUUAAUGUUACAAGCAAUGUUGAUGUAUUCUUCAAAUACUAAGAUCACUAAAAUAAGUAUAGAGUAGAGAGAAUAAGUAUAGAGAAAUAAAAAUAACUACUAGUUAUACUAGUACUAGUAUACUAGGUACUCAGCUUGGAUAUUGUGGGGAAAGCACCGAUCUUGUUCGCCUUCAAGAGUAUAUAUUCACUUCACUAAAAGUCUGUGCACAUGUUGUGUGUUGAUUAGAGUGAAGACUGAUUCAAUAUGUAACCAUGUACUAUUAAAGUUGUCUUGACCAAAACA